AUGGAAGAUCAGAAGAUUGAUGAGUCUCUGUAUAGCAGACAACUCUACGUCCUGGGAGAGGACGCAAUGAAAAAGAUGGGUCAUUCAAGCGCGCUCAUUAUUGGAAUGAAGGGAUUAGGUGUCGAAAUCGCGAAGAAUAUCAUUCUAGCUGGAAUCAAGAACGUUGCCAUAUUUGAUAAUGAGGCUGCAUGCAUUAAAGAUUUGUCGACCAAUUUCUACAUCACGGAGGAGGAUCUCGGUAAACCGCGUGCUGAAAUUUGCCUUCCGAAGCUUCGCGACUUGAAUCCGUUCGUGACGGUGACCCGACGCGAAGAGGAGAUAACUGAGGACUAUAUAAGAACCUUCCGCGUCGUUGUAGCUACCAAUCUCCCCAACAAGGAGCAAGAAACCCUCGAUGCGAUCUGUCACGCUAACAACGUGUGUUUCAUGGGAGUGAACAACUACGGCCUCGCUGUUCGCAUUUUCUGCGAUUUCGGCGAGUCCUUCUACGUCAGCGACAUCGAUGAUUCCGAGCCCGGCACUGUCCUCGUCGGAGACAUCAGCAGAGACAAGGAAGGCCUGGUCACGAUCACCGAGGACCGCCACCCCUUCCAAGACGGCGAUCUGGUCACUUUCUCGGAUAUCCGCGGGAUGGUCGAACUGAAUGGCUGCGCGCCACGUGCUGUCCACGUGCUCGGACCCCAGCAAUUCACGAUCGGCGACACGUCCUCGCUGUCUCCCUACGAAUCCUUCGGCUGGUGCACGCUGGUCAAGCAGCCGAAAACCCUCCGAUUUUUGGAAUUGCGGAAAGCCAACCGGCAUCCCGCGGAUAUUCUCUACACCGAUUUCGGGAAAAUGGACCACGCCAUGGCUCUGCAUACCGCGGUUCUCGCGCUCGACCGUUUCAUGGAGCGGUUUGGUCACGUGCCGCGCCCGUGGAACGACGAAGACGCGGGAAUCUUCGUCGAGCUGGCGCACGAGGUCAGCCAAUCAAUCGACGAGGAUCUCCGUCCCGCGGAACUGAACGAAACCGUUCUGCGAACCUUCGCUAUGACCUGCUGCGGCGAAAUCUGCCCGAUAACCGCGGCCUUCGGCGGAAUCGCGGGGCAGGAAGUGCUGAAAGCGUGCAGCGGGAAAUUCACGCCAAUCAAACAGUUUUUGUACUACGACGCCUUCGAAGCGCUGCCUCCCCGCGAGGAUCACUCGGAUUGCCGGGAGAUCGGGAGUCGGUACGACGGUCAAAUCGUGGUAUUCGGGGAAACCUUGCAGGAAAAGCUGGCAGAAUCGCGGGUAUUUUUGGUGGGCGCCGGCGCGAUCGGCUGCGAAAUGCUCAAAAACCUCGCGCUAAUGGGCGUCGGAACCGCGGGGGAGGGCGCGAUUCUGGUGACGGACAUGGACCGCAUCGAGCGGAGCAAUCUGUCGCGGCAGUUUUUGUUCCGGAACACAGAUAUCGGUCAGAGCAAGGCGGGAACCGCGGUUCGCGCGAUCCGAUCGAUGAAUCCGGAGGUGAAAUGCGAGUUCUUCGAGACGAAGGUGGGUCCCGAGACGGAGAAUGUGUUCAGCGACGCGUUCUUCGAGCGAUUGACCUUCGUCUGCAACGCGCUGGACAACGUCGAGGCGCGCAAAUACGUCGAUUCCCGCUGCGUCCGCUUUGAUAAGCCGCUUCUGGAAUCCGGAACGCUGGGAACCCGCGGGAAUACGCAGAUCGUCGUGCCGUUCGUGACGGAGAGUUACGGUGCGACCAAUGAUCCGCAGGGAGAAGAUUCCGCUGUGCAGCUGAAGAAUUAUCCGUACAAAAUCGAGCACACAAUUCAGUGGGCACGUGACACCUUCGAGGGUCUCUUCGCCCAAUCGAUUCAAACGCUCGGCUCCUAUCGCGACACCCGCGGUUAUCUCGACUCGAUCGCGGAGAAAGUGGAUGUGCACGACGAAGCCGUGCGUCAGCUGCACGAAUUAUUGGUCGAUUCCCCGUGCGUUUCGUUCGACGAUUGUGUGCGCUGGGCGGCGAAAUUGUUCCGGAAAUUGUUCUACACGGAGAUUCGUCAGCUAGUCUAUCAAUUCCCUCGGGAUUUUGUGGACUCGAACGGGAAUAAAUUCUGGAGCGGGAACAAACUGUACCCGAAUGCCAUCGAAUUUGACGAAACCAAUCCGGUACACGUGGACUUCGUUCGGUUUGCCGCGUAUCUGCACGCGGAGAAUCUCGGAAUUCCAAAAAUCGAGGAUGAUUCGCACUUGUUGGAAGUCCUCCGAACCAUCGAAUUCCCCGCGUUUGUGCCCGACACCAACACCACCAACACCAACGAGAUAAUCGCGAAACUGACGGCGGAACUUCCGAAUCCCGCGGUUCUCCAGUCGGUGCGCAGCAUUCCCGCGGAAUUCGAGAAGGACGACGACGCCAAUCAUCACAUCGAUUUCAUCGCCGCCUGCGCCAACCUCCGCGCGGCGAAUUACGGAAUCACGCAGGCGGACCGAAACACGGUGAAGAAAAUUAGCGGGAAGAUUAUUCCCGCGAUUUCCACCACGACCGCGUUCGUGACCGGCACGGUGGCCGUGGAGCUGUUCAAAUUAACCGCGGGAAUGAAGGAAAUCGAGGCGUAUCGCAGCUGCUUCGCGAAUCUGUCAAUUCCCGCGGUUUACUUUAGCGAACCGGGGGCUUGUGAGAAAUUAACCGCAGGAAAGAAGACGUUCACGGAGUGGGAUCACGUGACGCUGCGGAAGGCGGAUGGAAAAACGUUCAAAGCGCUGGCGGAAUAUUUGUUACGGGAAUUUGAAGUGAAUUUGGACGCAGUGUAUUGCGGAAGUUUCCGACUGUAUGACGCGUAUGACACGAAGGAUCGAGAAAAUCGCGAAAUCGUGGAAGUGUAUCGCGAGGUGACGAAGAAGGAAACGGAGCCGUGGAUGCGGUAUAUCGAAGUGUUGGCGUUCUGCUCGCCGGAGGGAGCGGAGGAUGAUUUGAUGGCGGAUGACGUUGAUCUGCCGAGUAUCUUCGUGGAGAUUUGA